GCUUGCACUCCGCGCAGUGGCAGUGUGCUUCCUUGCUUGUGGGAGGUUCAACACUUUUGCAACUUCCGCUAGGUACCGUUGCAACCUCAACGUCAACCUCACCCUCGACUCACCCGACGGCCAUUUCGACUCUGCCACAACCACGACCCAAAAUUGCAUGCGGCGUUGCCAACACCCCACCAACACCGAACGCGCGCUUGGUUCACUUUGCUCCCCCGCCGCGGGCAUUCUCGACGAUUUCUCCGCUCCAGGAUCAUGAUCUGACAGCUUAACCGGCCGCGCAACCGUUGGAGGGAGCAAGAGAGAGACGGGCGGACGACUGCGCGACAGACGACAACACACAGCGUUGAGGCGGCAUCGCCUCUCCGCCCGGCAAGAUGCCCGCAGACAACGACGACUUUGAUUUCAACGCCCUCAAUGAGGAAGGAUGGAAGGAGCAGGAGGCCCGCGAUGAGGAAGCCAUUCGCCAGAUCAACAACAGCUUCGGCCCGGGUGGUAACGAUGGUCUGACUGAAAUGCUGGGGAACCUCCAGUCGGGAGGCGAGAUCGAUCAACGAGGCAAGGCAGACGAUGCCAUCGACUUUGAGGACAUCGACUUGAGCGACGAGGACGAGCUACCCAACGACGAACCGAGCACUUCCGGCACCAGUGGCGAGCUGCCAAGCCUCAUCGACGACGCCGGCACUAAUGAUGACGACGACCUCUUUGGUGGCGACCCCUCAUCGCCCAUGGACACAGCUCACGAUGGCCUGAGAUCCUCUCCCCCGCCGCUCGACGUCCAUGACGAUGUUGAUGCCAAAAAACGUCCGGAUGCUGCCGCCGGGGAGUCCCUUGAAGACCUCCGGAACCUCAACUUCGACAAUGACGAAGAGCCGCAUGCGACAAAUCAAGAUCCCGACAUUCCUCCGCCAGCGGAAAACUUCAUCGACGCCGUCAAGCAACUAUUCCCCGGUUUUGAGGAAAACGCCAUCCUGCAUUGGAACGAACUAUUGAAGCCCAAGAAUGCCACAUGGAUCUCAAAAAAGCCCCCCAAAGCUCCCAAGCCCUUGAUACCAUCAAAACUCAGUCUGGAGUUGGAUGCCGAUCAGGAAAAGCAGUUCCGGAUUCCGGGCCCUGCCACUGGCUCCGUUUGGCAGAGGAUUAAGGAAGCGGAAGCGAGAGGUCUGUUCUGUCUCGAAGAGCCAGAGCCUUUGGAACAAACCGAUCUGGAAGUAUUCAGCUUGGACGACGAAACGGAUUCGGAGAGGAUAGGUGGAUAUACCCUCCAGGACAUAGCUACGAUAUGUCAGGACUGGGAACAGAUGAUUUUCUUGGGCGACAGUCUUGCGGCUGCCAUCGAGCCGGGACCGCAGCCGAAACCUGACAACAUGCUCAUUAAGGAUGAGCCUGAUGAAGAGGCGGACUGGGAUGCCAUGUUCCUCGAUGAGCCUGCUCAAAAGCGGAGAAAGAUCGAAAUUCCUAAAGGUCUUCCUCCUAUUGCUCACUUCACGGCUCCAAAUUUGGACGAAUUCGAGCAGGUCACUUCGAAAUUGGGCAAGCGUGUCAUCCUUGACAUGAACGACCCUUAUUUGCUGAUAGACGACGUCGAAUCUGAGCGGUCAUCUAAGCGGCGAAAGACCCAACAUAAAACGGUCCGCUUGGCGAAUGGGAAAGCUGGGCGGGACCUUAUACAGCGGUUCAAUUUCUCCUCUGACGCUGCUUACGACGCGUUGAAGGAGAACAGCCAGAAUAGGGUUCGGGCCACGUUGGCUACUAUCCCUGUCGAGCACAGUUUGCCUGCGCAGAGACUGUCUUGGCCUUACUACCGCGUCAAGCUCGCGGCCAGUGACCCUCAUAGUUAUCACCGGCCUCAGCUCCACCCUAAGAAGGAUCUGCAGUAUCUCAUCAGGUUCGACAAGCCUGCCAUUAUCAAGCGCAAGACUCUCAAGGGUAAACGCGUCAGCGAGGUAUUUAAGAGUACUCAUGACCUCUCCCUCAACGACAACUCGACCGCUAUCCUUUUCGAGUACUGCGAGGAAAUUCCCACCGUUCUCUCCAACUUUGGCAUGGGACAGAAAAUCAUUAAUUACUUCCGUCGAGCUAAAGGCGCUGAUAGCAGACCUGAGAAGCGUGAGCUUGGCGAGACUUGUAUAUUGAUGCCAGAAGAUCGCUCACCCUUCGCCAUCUUCGGUCACGUCCACCCUGGCGAGGUCGUGCCUACUCUUCACAACCACAUGUUCCGCGCCCCUAUUUUCAAGCAUAACCCGAGGAAUACAGACUUCCUGAUUGGUCGUAGCAGUACCGGCCAAAAAGGCUCAACUUGGUACAUCAGAAAUAUCGAUCAUCUUUACGUUGUCGGCCAAACCCUGCCCUCCAUGGAAGUCCCAGGGCCCCAUUCCAGACGUGUUACAAACAUUGCCAAGAAUCGUCUCAAGAUGGUCUCGUAUCGCCUACUUCGCAAGAGCGAGCAUGUUACCCUCCAUGAUAUUACUAAGCAUGUAGCUGAGUCCAACGAGUCUCAGAAUCGUCAAAAGUUGAAGGAGUUCCUGCGCUUUAGAAAGGAAACAAAAGAUUGGGCGCUGCCCGAAGGCGAAGAGCUAAUGGCCGAACCGGCCAUUCGAUCUCUUGUUAGGCCGGAAGAGGUCUGCCUAUUGGACGCCAUGCAAGUGGGCUUGCACGAGAUCGAGAAGGGUGGUUAUGAUGCUACCGAUUCCCUCAAGGACGAUGACAUUGGGGUUGAUGUGAACGAUGAGCUCUCUCCAGAUGCUCUUGCCAACAAGAUGGCGCCUUGGAAGACUACCAAGGCAUUUCUUGACGCCAGUCAUGGCAAGGCUAUGCUUGCAGUUCAUGGCGCCGGCGACCCGACGGGCAAGGGACUGGGCAUCAGUUUCCUGAGGACGUCCAUGAAAGGCGGCUAUCUUGAGCAGCUCCAAGGACCAAUGGCCACAUCAGCAGAUGCCAUAGAGAGGCAGCGCAAAGCGAACGGUGGGCACAUGUACAACGUCAAGAACCAGGACACACUCUACACCGAGGCUCUUACCGAUAUCUGGAACCGCCAGCGGGAGAGUCUCUUGGAUUCCCAAGAGCACGAUGAUGAAGAUGUGCUUGGGCAAGAGGAUGAAGACGAGCGUUUCAACGUACAGGGCAGCCAAUUCGCGCAAACCCCUGUGGUCCAGGACGGUUUUAGUCAGAUUAGCCAGAGCGCCACCAGUGCUAUUAACCGGAAGAAGCUCGUGAUCACAAGAGAGGUGAGGGAUGAAAAUGGCCAAACACGGACUGUGACAGAGGUCGUAAGGGACCCUGCUGUCAUUGCUCAGUACGUCAAGAGGCGUCGCCAAGAGCAAAAGUCCGAGAUUGAUAUCUACAAUGUUAAGAUGACCGGCGACCAAGAGCGGGACGCCGUUAUUCUCGAGCUGCUCGAGAAGGAACAUGAUCGUCUCAUGAAGAAUAAAAUGAGAACAAUGAAGCGCGAGAGACAGAAACAACUACAACAGCGCCUCAAGAGUGGAGGAACUCUACCCCUCGAUAACGACGACGGGUCGUUAGAGCCCUCGAUUGAGAAAGCCACUGGAACCACUCGCAGAUGCGCAAAUUGUGGGGCCAAGGGCCAUAUCAAGACAAACAAAAAGCUCUGCCCGUUGCUCAACGGUUCGAUGACCAAAGACCAGACUCAGGACGAUGGCGCCUCUGGUGUCGGCUCGCCCAACCCGAACGCGCCGGUCGCUGCUAGUUUCAUGACUCCUAGCUAGUAAGGUUGUGGUGGUUAUUGAUAUCGCUGGUUCUGGUGUUUCAACCUGGAGCUAGCCGGGAAAAAAAAGUCACAUUGACUGCCUUCUUUCAUACGGGUUGGUUCCCAUAUAACUUGGUUGGCCAUGACGAGGUAUACGGCGAGGCAAAUUGGGCAGUAUAUUGCCUGGCGUGGUUGGUGUUCCGCCCUGUAUAACAAUGGACAAGAGCAGUGGCGCUUUUUGCUUUUGGUGGUUGGCGUUUUACGGUUGGCGAAAAUACGACGGUAUCACAUCUCACAUUUCACAUCAUAUCGCCAUUGUUCUUUUCGUCCCUUGUUGACCGGCUCGAACGCCAUUAUAUUAGGUUUCACGGUUUCGUCUAAGGAAUGCGUUUAAUUUCAGUCCCGUGUUUCAGACAGAACGACGAGGAGCCGGUAAUCACCCUCCAAGAGUCUUGCUUCGGUUAGUUAGUCAGGCUGAGGGUCUUCUACUAUUUACAGGCCUUUAGGCGGCCCAGUAGCAUCAUUUUCAAGCAUCAGAAAUAAGUUGGCUUGUCGUGAGGGUGCGAGCAGGGACAAACAAGUUUGCGUUUGAAGCCAUGGGCAUGGAAGGAUAUUAAACAAGGAUGAAAAGAGGAGCCUGAAACCGUACUAGAAAUGAUAUAAAAAGGAUCACGGAUUCUCUCACAGAAUUGGAUCAC